CAUCUAAAAGAUCAAUGAUGAAUCGAGGAUUCAGAGAUUCGACGCCAUUUUCAUAUCCUACAAGCUUAUCGACUUCAUGUAGCAGUGGCGUUUGUAUGAUGAGUAGCACAUGGAGGGAUGAACAGCACCCUUGCUUUCUCAAUUUCAUCUCUUGCUUUCUCAAUGGAAAUUCUUUCCGUUUAAAUAUUGUGCCUAUUGCACCAGAUUUUAUCUUCAACUGUGGAGGUUUGUCGGUAGCUUUCAUGUUUCUGACCAAUUGGGAUGGCAUCGAUACAGAAUCUUUCUUUAGAAAAGUUCAGAAAUUGAAGGAGCAGUUUGCAAACUUCUAUGUUGUUAUCACCCUUCCUACAAAGGAACAGAAUGAUUCGUUGAUAUACUCCUAUAUCAAGUAUAGAAUGCAACUUGGAAGGCCAACAUUUGUUCCUGUACGAGAUCUGGAGAUGGGCUUCGAAAAAAUUGUGAAGAUAGCACAUGCUCGUGGGGCAUGCAAACGCCAGGAUGCAUUGACAAAAAUAAAAGCUGAGAAGGAAAAAUCGGUACAGGCAAUGGAGAUUUACCUACAAGUGGUUACAUCAAUACCUGGGGUUGACAGCCAUGGAGCAAAUGUGCUUAAUCAAACUAUUGGUUCAAUUGAAGCAAUAGCUAAGUCAUCGAAGGAGUACCUGUUGGAAACUACUGAUCUUUCACCCACAACAGCUGAGACAAUCACAAGCUUUUUCCGGGAUCCAAAGUUUUAUCUUGCUCCUAAAAUUGGCUGAGUUAUACUGUUAAGUCUAGAGCAUUCAGAGUCAUGCACUCUGCAGAAGUGACUUUAGAUCUCAAGAACUACAAAUGGAAGUCGAACAAACUUUAUUCCCUCGAAAUGUAGCUGAAGUCCUGUGGUAGUGCUUCUGUAUCAGUAGUUGUAACUUGAUUAGAGGACUCAAAAAGGAAUAAUCACAAGGCUCUUUAAAACUGACUUCUCUUGCUUAAGGAAAUAUGACGGUAUAUUUGUAUUAAGUUGAUCUACGUUCACUGAGGUCCUUUUAAUGAAGAUCAGAAUUGCUUAACCUUCGGUUCUCUA